AUGGAGCUUGAUUCUGAUGCUGUUGAUUUGGAAGAGCCUAUUCAUCAACACAAUAUGAAUUCGACUGAUAAUAUUGACCUCCAAGCAAAAGUUCGCAAACUCAAUAAUAACGAUAGCAACACAGGACAAACAGAAGGUAAUUUUAACUCGGGGAUUAACGAUGCUGAUGGUGACAAUGGUGCAUUUGCAUCUCAGGAUCAAAAUCUUUCACAGAAUUACGCCAUUCGCAAAAUUCCAAAAUCCCUACCUAUUGACAAUUUAGAUGGUAAUAAGAGAAUACCAUUAGCUGUAAAAUUAGACGUUUCUUCUUCAAAUCAUGCUUUUCCUGUAGGCAAAAAUGAUAAUCAAAAUUCUACAAGGCCGAAAAUGACAAAGAGUCCAAGCAUCAAUCAUUUUUCUGCAAAAACUAUCAUAUAUCGAGUCAAAAGAGAAGUCAAAAUUAGCUGGAAAGGAUCAAGGACACAUUUUCAGCAAUAUUAUGGCGAAAUUCCUCAGUAUCAUGUCAAAGUUAAAACUCUUAACAUUGGAGAAUGUAUUAAGAUCUCCGCUGGCAACAAUUCUCACUUCAGCAAUAAAAGUUUUGCGGAAUACAUUUUGAUUAAUAAGGAUCUUACUGAUAUUUCACUUAGAGUUAACCAUCAACAUGGCCUGGAACUAUUUAAUCUGAAACUUAGUAAAAAUGCUAAUCAAAAUGAAUCGAAGAAUGCAGAAGCUAGAAUUAAAUUUGAUGACGGAAGUACUUUCGAAUAUACUAGUCAGCCACAAGAAAUCCUUCCUGAAAGCCUUCUGAAGAAAGAAAUUCCUAAAAUCAUUACAAGUAUCAAGAACACUGUUCUUGAGGAUUCUAAGAAUUAUUCUAGAAUCUGUAUCGGGAAGAUAGACAAGGAUACUCUUCAAAUUAAUGCAGAUGAAAGAGUUAAGCCUAUAAUUGUUUUCACCUUAGGUGUAGUAUUGUUUUUGUGUAAGUUCUAA